AUGGAGGAAUUGUUUGAUGAUAUAGAAGGAUUUGAGGUAAUUGCUGAUGAUAUAAUGGUCUGGGGAAGAGACGAAUAAGAGCAUGAUCAACGUUUGAAGAAUGUCCUCGAUCGAGCGUGUGAUGUUCAGCUGAAAUUAAAUAAGGCGAAAUGCAAGAUACGUGUUAGAGAGGUGUCUUAUAUUGGACAUACUUUUACGUCAGAAGGAAUCAAGCCAGACAAAGAAAAAAUCCAAGCCAUUUUACUGAUGCCUGAGCCAUGUACCAAACAAGAGCUGCAGCGGCAAUGGAAUACUGAGCACCAAAGAGUUUACGAAAUGUUGAAGAAAGACUGCAGCAAAAAAAUGAAAAAUUCCACCAGUUUAUUUAUGGAAAGAACGUAAAAGUUGAGACAGAUCACAAGCCUUUGGUCAGUAUUUUCAAGAAGUCGCUGGAUGACAGUCCCAUGAGAUUGCAAAGAAUGCUUCGGUUGCAACAGUAUGAUUUGCAAGUCCUCUAUAAGAAAGGCACUGGAUUAUACGCGGCUGAUACCUUAGGCAGAGCAUAUCAAGAAAUUGGUGCAGACGACUCUCUUGAAGAGAGUCUAGAAAUUCACAUGGUAUUGCCUAUUUCUGCCCCGAAGUUGAAAGAAUUACAAGAGGAGACGCGAAAAGAUUCUGGCACGGAAAAAUUACGACAUGCUGUCCUUAAUGGCUUGCCAGAACGCAAGUCGCAUUUGUCUCAAUCGAUUCAGAGCUAUUGGGACUACAGAGAAGAUCUCACGAUCCAUGAUGAACUUAUCUUCAAACGCAAUAAAGUAGUUAUUCCAGCAGCAUUACGGAACGAAAUGCUGAAAGCCGUGCACCAACCUCAUCUGGAGUAG